UGGCCAGCAUGCAUGGCUGCAGAUAGCCAGUCAUGAUUCUGUAGCCUUCUGGUGGGAUCGGAGCUGGUGUCAAGUCACGUUCAAGACGACCAUCUGCUGGCGCGUAGAAGUCGCGUUUGCGCGGGCCGUGUUCCACCGAAGCGUCCUGAAAUGUAUCAACAGCAACGUCAUGUCUCAAUCCUACAUUUUCCCCAAAACACCCCAACAUGCCGCCCAAAUCGAAACAGAAAACCCGGGCAGCUCCCAAACAAUCAAUUCCUCCGCCGUUCUCCCCCGCUGAUGCCUCCCUCGCGCCCCUGCUCGAAACCUUCGACCCCUCCACUAUCUACAUAAUCCACACCGACACGCAACCAGCAUGGUUCAAGAAGCGCAUCUUCAGUGUGCCUGUGGCCCUUAACCUGUUCAUCGCUGCAUUCCUUGUCUGGCGCGUCUACUUCAUCGUCCCGUUCUACUACAACAUCCUCGCGUCGUUGGGCGGCCACUCCAACUACACAACAAUAUACUACGCUCAGCAGACAUGGGUCGGGCUAUUAUGGAAGGUUGCGCAGCGCACAACCACCUUCUUCAUCGACUAUGUGUUGGUGAUGGUGGUUGCGCCGUGGCCGUAUGGCUUCUUCCUCGAGGCACCGGGCAAUCCCGUGCGUUGGAGGUGGAGCGUGGGCUUCCGAGACGAGGAGGUGUAUGUGCGACAGAGUCGGGGCUGGGGCGCCAAAGACUUGCUGGGAGAGGCAGAAGGCAGCACGGGCAAGGCCGGCGAGGAGAGCCCGUUCUUUAAGACGAGGAUCCUGCCGGCUGUCGACCCACAGAGACUCAAAGAAAAGACUGGGUAUCUGCUCAUGGACGGAGACUUUGAUCUGAACUUCUACGGGAUGACUGCUGCGACGGCUCUUCUAGACAAGAAGGAUAUUGCUGCAGAUCUGCUGAAGAAGUGCGUGCUUGUCUACGUUGGCGACAAAGAGAAGGGUGAGGGUCAGUGGGCGGUUUGGAACUGCGGAGUGCUCGAUGUCACUGAGCCGAACGAGGCAGAGGCCAGAGACAAGGUGAUUGCGAUCAAGGACAAGCUCACGGAGAUGGGCAAAGAGAGUUUGUUCUUUAGGUGGGUCGAGCUCAUCCAGUACGAAAGCAAUGCAAAAGGAGGGUUCACGCAAGAGAGGCAGGUUGCGGCCGCGGACAAAGUCAAGAAGAUGUUCCAAGAGCAAGGAGUGGAUUGGGAUAAGUUCAGCAAAGAGGUAGGAGGACUUGAGGGCGUGUUGUAGCCCGCUGGUUGCAUUGCAUUGCGUUACGGUUCUGUUACCCUGAUACCCAAAAUCGUCACCACCAGAUAUCCUGCACGUCGGUACAUAUCUUUGUAUGCAGCUUCCCCUCCACAGCUACACUCCCUCUCUUACGUGGCACGGUUUCGUCCGCUGAAAACAACAUCUUUCCACGGGGCGUC